GGUAUAGGGGUUUAUAGGGAGAGUUGCUUUUGCCGCAAAUGGGCUUCCCCAAAUCUUUGCUCAUGGGUUCUGCGCCAGGAGCUCGGCAUUGUGGCCCGGUCUACUAUCCGCUUGUUCUUGGAAACAGCGUCAGAGAGCAGCUGAGAGAGGCUUAACAUUUCAAACGUCUGGCGGCAGUCUGCAAAGUUUCCACCCUAAAACACUGUCAUGUAGCUGUGGACUGGAGCAGGACACAACACCUCACGACUUGGUGUUCAAUAGGUAGGCUAUUAGUGUAGUGUGUUGUGAAGUUGUGGCGCACAGCCUCUUUACGCCGGGGAUCACAAUCCUAAUGCGUCGAUUAAGUUUCUGUCUAAAGGAAGCUGGUAUGUUUCAAUUAGCAGAACCAGUUUCAAUCCACGUCUGUUAUCUUUCAGGUUUAUCUUAUUUUAUCAACGUGUUUAAAAUACGUGCGUAAAAUAACAUGUUAUCAGAUCUACUUGGGUUUUACAUUGACAACAUUCUUGCAGAGAAUGAAUUUUGUUUUUACAAUUAUUAUCGUUUUACCAGUUACUGCCAUAACCACGGUUUAUUAGUUGUAUUUUGAGUGACAAUCUUUUUGCAUCCUUUGCGUAAAAGUCAGAUUACAAGUGAGAUUCCGGUACUACUAGUCAUAGAUGUCCACUCAUCUGGAAGGAGGCCUGCAGCUGGAGACCACGUCAAAACUUGAUGCACUAAAAUCCGAAGAAAUAGUUGACGUUACAAAUCCUGACGGAUGCGCUGUGCAGCGCGGCUGCCCCGGGGACGGAGCAGAGAAUAGAGUGUCCCUGCCAUCAGAGCGCCAGCAGCAGAAGCCACGCAAGAUGACCCGGAGUCCUAAAUGUGCCCGCUGUCGGAACCACGGCGUCGUUUCGUGUUUGAAAGGCCACAAACGCUUCUGCCGCUGGAGGGACUGUCGCUGUGCCUGCUGCCUGCUGGUGGUGGAGAGGCAGCGAGUCAUGGCAGCGCAGGUCGCACUGAGGAGGCAACAGGCUGCGGAGGUGAGGAGAGCACAGGGGCAGGGUAAGAAAGGGGUUAGGUGUGCAGCACCAUUGCGGAGGACGGCGUAUCAGCGUUACACCAGAGCAGCCGAGCCAAGCAUCCUGGCUAAGAGCAUCCUGCAGGGGCUCAAACCGGUGGUGCCAUUGGAGGAUAACACCUCCUGUUGGUCAAAGCAGCCACAGCGCGACCCCUUCACAUGUCCCUCCAUCAGUGCCCGGAUGAGGAAGAGGCGAGCCUUUGCUGAUAAGGAGCUGGAGAACGUGAUGCUGGAGCGGGAGCUGAGGCAGAGAGAGCUGCAGAGUGACCUUUCCUUUUCCUCCUCUGCCCUCAUCCCUAUGCUUCACCCUCCACCCCAGCCUGUUUCCCCGAGCCUCCAUUGCUGCCCGUUCAACAAGGACCCUGCAGGGACAUCCAGCUACGUGCCUGUGUAUAAAUACAAGCCUCUGUAUGAGUGUGACUUCCACUUCUAUCAGUUUUUACAACUGAAGAACAGGUCCUCCACAGAGGGUGAUUAUAAUGACUUCUUGUUAUGCCGAAGUGCAGAACAAAGCAGGGAGGAGGAUGAUGAGGUGCAGUGUGGCUGGAAAGGGUGUGAGAAGAAAGACCAACCAGAGCUGAUACUUCUAUCAUCACAACAAAGGCUCAAACAUCAUGACAACACUUUAUCAGGUCUGGAUCUUGUCAAAGCUUCCUCAAAACCAACAGAAAUAAUGGACUCAAAUGGCUCUUUACCCAUUACACGCUCAAUUUUUGUAUCAGAUCAGGGUAUCCAGGGCAUGCCAGGUGUCAGUGCACCCAGCAGGACUUUUGAUCCCUCACUUCUGACAGCUAAAGGCUGGUGCACAGAUACUCCUGUUGUCCAGGCAGGUUCUCAUGCCGACUCUGUCAAGAGCUCUCAUAGUGGCUCAGUCAGGACUCCAGCUGUGAGGCCAUUACCUUUCUCUGUGGAGGCUCUGCUGAGGGCCUGACAGGCAAAUGGAAAGUGGUGCACAGCACUUUGUUUAUGUGUGGACUGAGAAUUGAUGUGGAGGGUAUAAAUAUAAAAAUGGCUAGCUGUAUUACAGGUUUUCUUGAGGUCUUGCUGCCAUAAAGUGGCAAUAGGUGAAAUAUUUAAAAACAAUUUUCAGAACAUGAAUUAGUGUUUGUAUUUUUUAUAUUUCAUGAAAAUGUAUUUUGCUAUACUUUAACUACAAUUAAAAUAUAACAAUGAAAUAUACUGUUUAUAUGUACUUCAUUACUAUAUUUUCAUUUACUUGCCUACACUGAAAAUAUACAAAUAUACACUUUGAAAAUGUACUACUGUUUUAUGCUCCUCUGUCAGCA